CUGACACUGCACCUGCCAGGCCGAGUAUGGAGCUGGGAUCAUCGGUAAGAGCGAUCCGGAGCACUAGGGUCCUGCGGGACUCUGAGUUACAGGCCGCGGUAGUUGUUAUAAAGAACGGAAAGAUUCACCAUAUUUUGAGCGAUUCCAACUUUUCUGGAGCUGAGGUGUUAGAUGUUGGAGACAGUGUGGUGAUGCCAGGUCUAGUUGACAGUCAUGUGCACGUGAACGAACCAGGGCGCACCACAUGGGAGGGUUUCUGGACCGCCACCAGAGCAGCCGCUGCAGGAGGGGUGACAACUAUUGUGGAUAUGCCACUAAAUAGCAUCCCUCCAACCACCACACUUGCAAACUUUCAAGAGAAACUGCGUGAAGCGGCGGGGAAGUGUUUUGUGGACACUGCUUUUUGGGGUGGAGUCAUACCUGGAAAUGAGUGGGAGCUUCAGCCGAUGAUCAGGGCUGGAGUUGCAGGGUUUAAAUGCUUCAUGAUUCACAGUGGAGUGGACGAGUUUCCACAUGUGACCAACAGUGAUCUGCACACAGCCAUGAAGCAGCUGCAAGGGACCGGUACUGUGCUGCUGUUUCACGCAGAAAGGGAAAUCCAAGAUGUCAAACAGGAUUCAAGAGACCCCUGUCAAUACUCCACUUUUCUGCAGUCAAGGCCAGAUGAGAUGGAAACUGAGGCCAUUCGCAUUGUCACACAGCUCUGCCUACAAUACCAGGUGCGGUGUCAUAUAGUGCACUUGUCCUCUGCCCGGCCACUGAAGAUGAUCCAGGAAGCUCGAGAGACAGGGGCCCCUAUCACCGUGGAAACCACCCAUCACUACCUCAGUCUGCGAGCGGAGGACAUACCAGCAGGGGCCACACAGUUCAAGUGCUGUCCACCAAUCAGGAGCUCUGCAAAUCAGGAGGAGUUAUGGUCUGCAUUAAAAGCCAGGGACAUUGACAUGGUGGUGUCUGAUCACUCUCCCUGUACUCCGGACCUCAAAAGACUGGAGACAGGGGACUUUACGGAGGCCUGGGGAGGCAUCUCAUCUCUGCAGUUUGGUCUGCCUCUGUUUUGGACCUCUGCCAGUCAAAGAGGGUUUGGGUUGCCGGAUGUGGUGAGACUUCUGAGUGAAAAACCUGCCGAGAUGUGCCGCCUGGACCACCUCAAAUCGAGACUCACUCCCGGUUUUGACGCAGACCUGGUCAUAUGGGACCCAGAGAGGGAGUUUGAGAUAAUAGAAGAAAAUAUCCAUCACAGGAACAAGUUGACGCCGUACCUGGGUAUGAAGCUGCGGGGUGCAGUCAGGGGCACGGUGGUCCGGGGGCAGUUAGUGUUUUGGGAGGGACGCUUCAGCCCUGAGCCUCUGGGACAGCACCUCUUCAUCCACCAGAGGAGGAACCAGGCACAACUAUGA